AUGACCUCCCACAGUGUGUUCAGCUCUGAGCCGCGGAGACGCCGGAGCGCUCUUGCCUGCGAUACUUGUCGAGGCAGGCGGACCAAAUGCGACGGCAAGCGUCCCAAAUGCUCGUUCUGCUUCGAGCGUGGAAAAGACUGCUUCUAUCACGAGGGGCAGGAUCUACCUCCAUCUCCGGCGGAGCUCUCGAGGUUGUGGGAGCAGCUGGACCAUAUCACCGCCGUAGCUCAGGGCCGCACGUCACGGAACUCGCCAUCUCACUAUCCGCGACAGGGGUCUAGCUCUCCAACUACUUAUGGGAAGUCGACGAAGUUUCCAUUCAUGAUACUCCAGAGUGAAGCAUUUAUGAACUUGGUCGGCGUUGAGGUAUCCCUGCCUGUGCGCCUGGAGGAGAUAGAGCGCGGAAGACACACUCUGCCCGCUCAGACAAGGGGCACGGAUCUCGUGAUGGCUGAUCUUGAAGAGGCAUCAGUACAUCUUCAUGCGUUUCGAGAACAUAUCCAAACCUGGUAUCCGAUCCUGCAAAGAGACUAUACCGAGGACUUUAUCGAGGCGAGCAGGUCAUGUUUUGCCACGUCUAUUACAUCCUGCGUCAGCCUACUUGUCCUGGCUAUCGGAUGCGUGGUGGGACGCGAGUCGGUCGCGGGCACGAGACAAGUCGGGUCAGAGUCGGUAUACCUCAAGGCCGCCACAGAUAUGCUUCCCUGUGUAUUUGCAGACUCUAGCCCAGCAAGUGCCCAGUGUCUUCUAUUGUUCGCGAUAUACCACUUGUGCUAUGCACAGCCGUGUCAGGCGCAUGACUUUGUCGCAAUGGCGUCGUAUAAACUGCAGAACUAUAUCUUAAAUGAGCUCGGCACCGAGAAUGACACCACAACAAAGGCACUUUUGCUUGACCUCGCCAACAGUGGCAUCUGGAGCAUGGCCCCAUUCGUCUCACCCCCAACAAUCCAGACCACCUCCCUCCCCAGCAGCGAUCUCUCCUACUUCGUCGCGGAGAUCGCGAUGCGCAGAAUGCUGCAGCGUUGCACAUGGGCAACAAGUAGCCCGGCGGCCGGGGCCCACAUCUACGCGCCCAUUGUCGCAGCCGAGCUGGAGCGGCAGCUGGACGAGUGGCUACAAUUACUCCCGAGCCACCUAUCCUUCGGGCGCGCCUCCCCUACCGUCGGACCUCGCCCGCAGGGGAACACAGGGAAUAAUGCACACUCGGCACAGGUUGCCUUUCUCCGCGCGCAGUACUUUGCAUUCAAGGCGUCCAUAUAUUGGCCGGCGGUCUACGAGGCGCUUACGACGGGCGAGCCCAACGGUGAGCUUGUUCGCCACUCACACCAUUUUUUUACAAGCUACGCUGAGUUUGUUCCGUGUGCUGCCGCAGCCGUAGCUGUCUGCAGGCCGAAUCUCUGGACGUUGUGCACUAGUGUGUUCACAAUCUCAAUGGCGGCGCUGGUUGGCUUGAUGGAUCCAUGCUUUGCCGGGUUUAUGUCUCGAGAUGUGGCCAACAGUUUAGAUUUAGCAGUUCAAGUCUUUGACGGGGUGAUCCAGGUCAGCAGCCCCUCGUUGGCGGAGAUGGGCGUAAUUUUGAAGGAGCGGAUACAGCUGUAUCAUUCGAGGUACACAUAG